AAAGCAAUCGUUUCCGCUCUCGUGGACCCGGGUCCUCCCAGCAUUCAGGGCAUCGUGGAUUCACUCAAUUUCCCCAGGGGCAACAGUCACAUCGUUCACCUCCCCUCUGCACAGACAGUUUGGUCGGUAAUGGAGAAUGCGAGAAUCCCCGGUCGCCGAGGGCAAAGGACAUUCGGAGUUGGGUAGAGCUGCUCACGCUGGCACUGUAGAGAGUGACAUGGCGGUGACAUCUCUACCAGGAAUAAAUGGUGUCGGCAAGGCUCCAACAUGUUUCUUUUCCAACUCUCCCAGAGUUGUGGCCAGAGACCAACAGGAUUCGACGAAACUCAUGUCGCAUGCCAGGGCAGAUGCUCAUGUGGACACGCCCCUGCUUGGCAUCGAAAAUGGAGGUGUGCAUCCCCCACGUGCUUAUCACAGUUGUGUCCCACGAACUGCGGGAUGGGCAUCUCCGCGACAACGGCUGACGGCUUCAUGCAUUCGAUGGCCAUGGGUUCUUUUGCUAAAGAAUCCGAAGAGUAGCGGUAGGACUCGAAGUCUCCAGCUUCCCUUACCCAACCAUGUCUGGCACGCCUCCGUCACAGUGCUCAGGGAAAGGCGAAAAGAAACCGGUUUACGUUAACAGCAUUCAAAGGUCACAGUCACAGUCACGAUAAAAUAGCUCGCCAUCGAGCUCCUUCCACUUUGGGCUGUCAGUAAAUGCUUUCUUUGCCGUCCAAUUGCUCCCUUCUCUUGUCUCGGUUGAAGCGGUGAAGAUUCCUCCCAGCCACGAAGAAGAGCACGGCAGUUAGAUAGGUUAGAUGACUUCUCGUAGAUUCAUCGCAUGUUUUCCUUUCUUGUCUCAAAAAUACAUUAUCUGGUUUCAAAUCAGCUCGUUAU